AUGGAGAUCAUCCAGGCCACGCAGCUUUCCUUGCUGCCUCAGGAAGCCCCUACAGCCACCUGGAGCAACAGCUCUGCGCCGCCUUACUCCCAUUUCCUGCUGCUCUCCACUCCCUCUGAACCGGUUCUCAGCUUCACACCAACCGAUGGCUCUUUCCUCUUUAGCACCUGUCUGAACUGCACCAAACCUGAACCUGGAUCGCUCCCUGGUUUGGCUGGAAUCUUCAUUCCUCUUAUCUAUGGGAUAGUGUGUGUCGUUGGCCUGGUGGGAAACACUCUGGUCAUCCAUGUUAUUGUCAACUACACCAAGAAUGAAUCAGUCACCAACAUCUACAUCCUUAACUUAGCCAUUGCAGACGAGCUCUUCAUGCUGGGUCUGCCCUUCUUGGCGGCGCAGAACGCUCUGCUCUCCUGGCCCUUCGGCUCUCUAAUGUGCCGCGUGGUCAUGACGGUGGACGCCAUCAACCAGUUUACCAGCAUCUUCUGCCUGACGGUGAUGUCAGUGGACCGCUACCUGGCCGUGGUGCACCCCAUCCGCUCCUCUUGGUGGCGGCGUCCCCAUGUGGCUAAGGCCAUCAGUACCACAGUUUGGGCAGGGUCCUUCGUGGUGGUGCUGCCGGUGGUGGUAUUUGCCGAUGUGCUGAAGGACGAUGGGAACUGCAGCAUCGUGUGGCCUGAGCCAGCAGAAGUGUGGAAGACAUCUUUCAUCGUGUACACGUGCACUGUUGGGUUCUUCUGCCCGCUGCUGGUCAUCUGCUUGUGCUACCUGCUGAUAGUCAUCAAGGUUCGAACCGUUGGAAAACGGGCACAGGCCACAUCCUCUCGACGCAGGAAGUCAGAGCGUAAAAUCACCAGGAUGGUAGUUGUCGUGGUGGCCGUGUUUGUCCUCUGCUGGCUACCGUUCUACGCUCUGAACAUCAUCAACCUCCUGGUGGUGCUGCCGGGGGACUUCAGGGGGCUCUACUUUUUUGUUGUCGUGCUGUCAUAUGCGAACAGCUGCGCCAACCCCAUACUGUACGGAUUUCUGUCCGACAACUUCAAGAGAGGCUUCAGGAAGGCCCUGUGCCGCACUUCACGCAGGGUGAAGAGCAACGACAGGGCCGGCACUGAGGCACAGCGGCCCACAGAGGAGUGGGGCGGCAUCGUGCUUCAAAUGCAAAAAAGUGAAGGAGUCACCAAGGCGCAUAGGGAAGACUGUGGUGAAAACGAAGACGAGGAGGAAAUCAACGGAACAGAAGGGGCCGUACAGAUGAGUGAAAUACGCAAAAUGUCAGAAAAUGGAAACCACAGGGGAGUAACGGACGGCUCCAGGACACAGGCGGUGCAGAGGGGUAAGCCUGAGCCGGAGGACUCUGGUCAGAGUGCCAAGCAACUGACUGGAAAAGGCCCAGGCCUCGAUCCUGCUGAGGCAGUGUCCUCUCUGCCCGGUCGAAACAGCAGGUCACAACCUGAAGAACUCCUGGACAAAAACUCUGUGCUUGAAAUCAGCUAUCUGUAA